UCUCUUCUUGUUUCUUGUCUUUGUUUUCUUAAUAAUCUCUCUAUUCUUAUCUAAAUCUUCGGCUUCCGGAGCCAUAACCUUUUUUUUUUUUCCCUCUUCUUUUAUAUUUUUCUCCCCCAGUUCCCUCGAAAUAAACUAAACCGCAAAACCAACAGGGCGCUGGUUUUUUUAAUUUUGUUUCGGGUUUUUUAUAUUUUCCCUAGUUUUCUGUUUUCUUUUGAUGUGGGCAUGGCUGGUUUGGAUUUAGGCACUGCUUCUCGUUACAUUCAUCAGCUUCACCGUUCGGACUUGCACCUCCAGAGGCCACAGGACUCUGACGAAGACAACAACACCAACAGGGGUGGGGCUCAGUACUCCGGCGACCAUCAGGACGAUGUGGCGCACCAUGGCCUCGAGCUCGUCAGCGCUAACGCCGGUCCCGGAGACCUCGUGGCGCGGAGGCCCAGGGGUCGGCCACCUGGCUCCAAGAACAAGCCCAAGCCUCCGGUGAUCAUCACCAGAGAGAGUGCAAACACGCUUCGAGCUCAUAUUCUAGAGGUGGGUAAUGGAUGUGAUGUGUUCGACUGUGUUGCCACCUAUGCCCGCCGGCGGCAGCGGGGGAUCUGUGUUCUGAGUGGGAGUGGAACGGUGACGAAUGUCAGCAUCAGGCAGCCGGCGGCCGCUGGGGCGAUACUGACGCUGCAUGGAAGGUUUGAGAUACUUUCGUUAUCUGGAUCCUUCUUGCCGCCGCCUGCGCCGCCUGGUGCAACUAGUUUAACCAUUUUCUUGGCCGGAGGGCAAGGCCAAGUCGUCGGGGGUAGCGUGGUGGGUGAGCUGACUGCGGCGGGGCCGGUUAUUGUGAUCGCAGCAUCGUUUACUAAUGUGGCCUAUGAGCGAUUGCCGUUGGAUGAGGAGGAGCCACUCCAGAUGCAGCAGCAGGUACCACAGUCUUCAGGUGGCGGAGGCGGUGGUAUCAAUAACCCAUUUCCCGAUCCAUCGGUAGGGCUUCCGUUCUUCAAUUUGCCCCUGAAUAUGCCGAAUUGUCAGUUACCUGUGGACGGAUGGGCGGGGAACUCAGGAGCUAGGCCACCAUUCUGAUGAGAAAUGGAUGCUAAUUGUGUAAAGUGGAUUUGGCACCACUCGGGUAAGAUAGGGUUCUUGGAUCACAAGGAAAGGUCAGCAAAUUCAUGGACUAAUUCUCAUCAUCUUCACCAUGUUUCUUCUUCUUCUUCUUCUUCUUUUUUGGGUUUUUUCUUCCUCCUCUCUUUUUGGGUUUCUUGUAUCCUGAUUUCUGGAAAUAGUCUUCUUGUUGUUCUUCAUCGAACCUUCUCUUCUUUAUAAGAAAUGGUUUGAGGAUAUUCAGCUUAAUUUACUCAA